AUGUUGUUAGGGCCGAACACGGCCACGACCUGGGACCACGACGCCCUCUUCAUGCCCACUGACCACUGCAUGCCACCUCUAGCAAUCUCCGUCCAAGGACCUCCUAUAUCUGCUGCCGUCGAGUUCAUUACCCGUAUUUCGCCAAAACCCGAGAUCCUGCACGAUGAGAGCCCGUUGCUCAAGCAAAUCAAGACUGCCCUACGUGGGGUCGAUCCGGAAAGUAUUGCGCCCGUGAAUACUGCCCGGUACGAUGCAUGCAGCGCCACGAACUCUAACAAGAGGGAGCUGGUAUGGAAUCUGCACCAUGCUGUCCUCUCUUCGGGCGGGGUGAUGAUCAAACGGUGGAGCUUCGAGCAGGAAGGGGAGCACAUCCAAUACGCCUGCACUGGCGAGCUAGAACAGGUCAUCAUACCCCAUUCCCAUUCUGCCGCAUCCGUGCACUCAGCCGCCAACUACACCAAAGGAGACGACAACUCUUCCGCCGCCACCGAGCAAGGGCGCCCCAUCUUCUCGCCUUUCAUACAGGCGAAGAGAGAACCCGAGAAAAUCGAGAUAUACACUGCCAAGGUUUCUGCAGUGUUCGUCUUUCUCCGGAGUAUUUGCAAGAUAUACCUGGAAGAUGGCGUGGACUACACCUUCUCGCUUCCGUUCAUCGUAAGGAAGGCCUGGCCAGUGGAGCCGAGUGGCGUGAUGGUUCAGAGGGUGCUCGAUCCUGCAGAGUUAAAGGAAGCAGAAGCAACGGGGGAGGAGGUCUUAUCGACCAUCUUCUCGGUGACAAGCCCGUUCACAGAGGCUAAUGUUGUCGGAUUGACGGAGGGGAUUCUGAGGGCGACAAAUGACGAGCCGGUCAAGUUGAAGGAUGUUGACGAACACGAGCAGACCAAGAAACCUAUCAAGAGCAUCCCACCCACCGAGCUCCUCGUCCAUGUAAGCCACUGUGGUCCAGAAGCAAACGACAUGAGGUUGGCAGUCACCAUGAAUCUGGAGAUGAGGCAGAUCUCUCUAUGGGAGUAUGUGUACAUCAAACCGAAGAAGACGUUGGUCCAGUCGAAGAAGACAGAAGGAGAUAACGAUGCUGCGACGACGGGCACGAAAAAGGGACAACCUUCGACGGGUUUGGGCUUCGCUGGAAGUUCGAAUAAUUUGGGACUGGGAGGUCCUGCAGGGAGGAGGUCUUCGAUUCAUCCUGUCAUGUCGCCGACCUUAGAGUUUUUCGAACUACCAGAUGCAAUACCACUCGGCUCCUUGCCUGGUAUGCCCUCCGCCCUUCCAACCGCCGCUACAUUGGGUUCGUUGGUCAAUCAACCACCGCCGGUAAAAGGAAGGAGGAAUUCCUUGUCGAGGAAUGACUUAAGUAUGACGAUGGACCGGAUGGCGUUGGGUGGGCGACUGGAUACGGAUGGUGCAUUUCUGCCCCCAGACCUUGGCAGAUUCCGACCUGCAUAUUGGAUGCAGCGCUUGCUCACCCAUCAGAUCGACGAGGAAGAUGCUCAGGCAUGGCAAAAUAUCCAGGUAUCGGUGUUCGACAAUCGGUUCGACGGAAAGAACUCGAGGUGCUUCAUGGCGGUGCACCUACCCACGAGCAAAACUCUGCAAGUGUUCUCAAUCACGAAGAUGGACGAUCGCACAACACAGGCCGUACCGGUUUCGACUAUACCCGCCCUUUGUGCAACAUCCUUACGCGCCACGCGAGGGAAUGUGUGGGACUUGCUGGUCAUCAAGGCUCAAGGACAGUUAGGCCUCCUCACGCAUGGCUUGCGUGAGGUGCCUGUCGAACUUCAAUACGAUGCCCCUCGAAUGACGGAAAUGGACGUGGACAUUUCGAUGACGCAGGGACAUGGUGCUGUCGUUGCGGCCUAUGACACCCAUUGGGGCACGACGACUCUCGUUUACGAGGAUGGCUGGAAAACGUGCGUGACCUUCGACAUCUUUCCUCAAGACAAGCUUGUCACGGAGGUUCUCCAGCUCCUCGCUCUGACUCUUCCGACUGAAGUUACAUUCGACUUGCAUCGCCUCUUCCUCGAAAAAUGGUCUGCUCGAGCGUGGUCUACUGCUCGGAAUGUUGAAUUUGAAUGCUUAGCUUCCGCCCUUUACACGGUGUUUGGUUUGGCCGUAGAAGAAACACAAGAAACCUUCGACCCAUGGCUGCGACUCGCUCAUUCCACUUCUCACGAAAAGCAUCUGGAAGAUCCCAUCUUGCGACGGCUUCGAAGGCCGCCAAUGAAGCCUCUUCUACGUCCGGUGCACCAACCCGGACCGUCCCACCCGAUGCUUGCCCCUCUUCUUUACGGUUUACACACCCUUGCUGAACACCUCCGACUAUCAAUUCACCGCCAGGCUGAUCUCCUCAAGUUUGCACCUCUGAUAUGUCGUGUCGCCUGCGCUGUUCGCCCCGAAUGGGCGGAUUAUUGGAAGAGGUUGGUGCCUGAUGCGAUAGGUAUCUGGCCCUCGGCCUUUUCUUCUCCACCUGAGCAAUUGGACGACCGGAUACCUGUAUGGCCCCCAGACAUGUCGGCCAUCCUCUAUGGACGAGUCAGCACCCCAGAUUGGAAAGUGCCUUGGCACGACAUCGGGCACAUCGUCUCUCGGUUCUCCAUCACCCCAUCUCUCGAAUAUGGUGUUGCAGACCCGUUAGCGGAGCUCCACGAACUCAGCAUGCUAUACAACACGCUAUCGGACGGGAAAAUCACUGAUUGUCAGAAGAGGGCGGAGAACGUGGUGUACAAGAUGGUUACGAAGAAACCAGGGCAUGAUGUCACUGCAAAUUUACCAUUGGGCAUUGCUUCUCCUCUCAGAGAGGCUGCCAGGACAUGCCAACUUGCUCCUCCUGGUAAUUGGCCCUUGGAUGCGUAUAAAGCUAUUGGACGCAAUGAUCUGGCUGCCUCUGCUAUUCAAAAGGCUGAUCAUUUCAAUCCGGAUGGGUAUCAGCCAAGAAAGGAAUUUAUUAAUCCAUCCCAGCCUCGCGCGUCAAUUGGUGAAAUCGCGGCCAGCACACGUACCCAAGUUGGCGACAUGGACAACUCGGGCGUCUCAGGAGUUGAAAUUAACCUUAAGCAAUUCGCCGCUAUACGCUUUGGAUUGGAUCGCAGGAUCGAAGAGGUCUCGCGCAUGCUGUGCUCAUCGAUUAUUCCGAAUAUCAAAGGCGUAGAACGGCCUGACAUGAAUGACCACGAGCAGACCAAGGACCAUCAGACUCAAGUGUUACGAACGGCAGAGCGAACAUUCGCCUUACCGUACGGUCGUGCCCUCUUCACCUUUGCUACAAUGCCCGUCAUCAACCGUGAAGCGUUCGUGAUCCCGAAACUCGAAAAUUCUAUUCGAUUACAACCUUUGAAUGUAUUGGUUACGCCAGAACCAGGCAAGAUAUCUCCGGAGUCGAUUUGCUGGGGAGAGUUCCACAACGGCGUCGCUACCGCCCUGAAAAUCACUGCCACAGCUACUGGAGUUGAGAGCUCCUGGAUAGCAUUCAACAAGCCCUCUGACCUUUCGCCGGAACAUGCUGGGUUCCUACUUGGACUCGGUUUAACUGGCCAUCUGAAAGGGCUGAUGACAUGGCACACCUUCUCCUACCUUACUCCAAAGCACGAUCUCACUUCCAUCGGGCUGCUGCUUGGCAUGUCAGUCGCCAAUGUGGGAAGUGGAAACACCCACAUCACAAAGUUGUUAUCCGUCCAUACGCCUGCUCUUCUGCCUGUUCCUGCAGACCUCAACGUGCCGCUCAUAACGCAGGCGGCGGGUUUGUCUGGCUUAGGGUUGCUUUAUCUAGGUACCAAGAACCGACGCAUGGCCGAAGUCGCCCUUAGCCAAAUCAGCCGACGAGACCUUGUUCAACCCGACCUUAGCAAUGAACAUCGCGAAGCGUACACCUAUUCCAGUGCCCUCGCGUUCGGCAUGAUCAUGUUGGGCAAGGGAACAGAUAUCCCAGUCGAUAACGAGACCGUCAAACGUUUGAACGUCCUCAUUCACGGGAAUACACGUUCUGCCUUGGAACCCGAAGGGCCGAAGUUUGAUAUCAACCUCACAUCUCCUGCUGCUUCAAUGGCUCUUGCCCUGAUGUAUUUUAGGACGAACAAACGGGAUAUCGCGGAAUCUAUCGCCAUUCCUGACACUGCUAUCGCUCUCAAUUCGAUCCAGCCGUACUUCUUGCUCAUCCGCACCAUCGCUCGCUCCAUCGUAAUGUGGGAUCACGUCAAGCCAACUAACGAAUGGCUGAUGCAGCAAAUACCUUUGAAUAUUCGCCUAGCUAUCGAUUCCCGAACGAAGACGGGGAACCCCAUUGACGAUACUUUCGAUCUUGCCUACUACAAUAUUCUCGCAGGGGCUUGUUUUGUUAUCGGUCUCAAAUACGCUGGUACAGCUGGUCAAGACGCCUAUCAGAUCAUCCAAUGUUCGUUGGCUGAUGUUCGUCUUCGAGGACCUCAAUUUGACCACAAGAUCAAACGCUCAGUCGUUCGAGACGGACUCAAUCUCCUAUCAAUUGCCCUCUGCAUGGUCAUGGCUGGUACAGGCGAAAUCACCUGCAUGCGGCGCCUUCGAUAUGCUUUUGGGAUGUCCCAGCAAUUGAUGAUGCACCACGGAUUCAAGUAUGGCACACACGUAUCCACACACAUUGCUCUCGGUCUGCUCUUCCUCGGUGGUGGCCGCUUUACGUUGGGCACCUCCGAUGCUGCGGUAGUCUCUCUGAUUACCGCUUUCUUCCCUCGAUUCCAUCACGUUUCGUCAGACAACCGGUGCUACCUGCAGGCUCUCAGACACAUGUGGGUUCUAGCCGUCGAACCAAGGUGCUUGAUCGCCCGCGAUGUCGACACCAACGAAAUCGUCUAUUUACCAGUUAAAAUCUCGACGGAUGAUAAUAAAGUAAAGGAUCAAGUCCAGCUUAUUUCACCGACGCUUAUUCCCGACCUACAAAAAGUUGUUGCUAUUCGUGUCGACACGCCCCGCUAUUGGCCAUUUUAUCUCGACACGGCGGCACAUCCUCGCCACAAGGAAGCUCUCCUCAAAAGUCAGGUGUUGUAUGUGAAACGUCGUACAGCAUUCCUCAGCUACACUGAAGACCCUCGGGGAAGCCGAAGCCUCUUCGUUCGUUCUGGUUCCUCCUCUGGCGACGCAGCUACGUUAGACUUCCCUCAACUAACGGACGCCAAAACCCACCCUGCUGGUGAUCUGGGCGAGUUCAUCACCUCCUUCUCCAACGACGACCUUUUCCUUGCAUUCGCAGACCACUUUUCACGGUCCGACAAUGACACAGACGAAGAACGGCUAUUCUACACCUAUUGCCACGCAGCGUUAUUGGACAGCAUUUUACAAGACAAGCCUCAAACACUUCAAUCUCAUUUAACGUUAUACAUGUAUCGCAACAUGUCCCCAGAUUCACGAUACUUUCACCUCCGCCUCCAGGACCUCCGUUUUGCUGCCGAUUUUUAUGCCAAAGUUUACGAUCGACGAUUCAGCGGCCGCACAGAAAACAAUCCGCGUCCAGGACUAUUACGGGAUACGACAGUACAAGGCACUUUACACGCCCUCGAUCGAAAGCUCGACCUCGUCCGCGUUCUUCCCGGAUUGGUGGCGUACAUGAGUCGUUACGUGCAAGGCAGUGUCUUGCCGGAUGUUCACACUCCAGAGUUUAACGCAGGCCCCGAGCCUUACCUGGAUGUUGAUGGAGGAGUGUUGGACGGCCGAACCCUGGAGCGAUACGCUGCCUGGUACCUCUUGCGUAACGGUGUACCGGUGUCAACCUUGUUGCUCGUCCUUCGUCAGCUGGCUACCGAUGCCCAUCGCGAAUGCCUCGCCCGACCGCAUCCGGAAGGCACGACGAAUGCCCAAGCACUUGACGUUGGCAUCAAGGAGGUGUUGCAUGCUAGUGGCACGAGGAUGACGACGUCGCUUGGGUCGGGAUGGAGUAUCAGGUCGCUGAACGAGAUUAUUGAGGCGUGGAGUUUCUUUGGUCCAACCUGA